UACCAUAGAAAUAUCUCACAGCUAUACAUCACAAUAAAAUGAUUUACCAAGGCACCAUGCACUCCUCCAAGGACCCAUGCACCCCCACACAUGCGCGCGCAUAAAGAAAAGAUGCACAACGAACCGGAAUCUGACAACCCCUCCUUUUGUUCUCCUUGCUUCCUAACGCAGUUCUGUCAAACUUUUAAAGAGAAGGUCAGAUUCUGACACUUCGGUUAGUUUUUUUUAUUCAUUUGAGGGGAAAUCGGCUUCGCGGGAUCACUGUACUCUUUGCAACUUGCUAUUCACUUUGAGUGCCUGUACGUUAAUCAGUUGGUUACAACGGUUUCAAACGAAUUCCAUAUUUCCAAAAGGGCAGCAGGCGAGAUGUGAAGUUGGGUUUACAAGAAGUAGCAUUUCGAAUUUAAGAGUCGAACACCUGACGCUGGUCACCUGCUACUGGUCAUCUGACGCACGGUCACCUGAUACUAGUCACCUGGUCAGCUGGUCAUUUGGUAGAAAACAGAUACCCAAACUUUAUCCUUCUUCCAUAUCCAAAUCAAAAUCAUCUAAGAUCCAAUCAAGAUGAUUAACUUUGCGUUUCGGCGUCUCCUAUUCUCGUGCGCUUCAUUGGUUCUCUUGGCAAUGCUGCUCGUCCCUGUCCCGACCAAGGCCCAGUACUGUACCUCACGGGGAUGCUGCCCGGGAAGAGACGAUGAAUGCACCGCUCGAUACUAUGAUACCCUCUGCUACUGCGAUGUGUUCUGUAAUAUGACGGCUAUGGAUUGUUGCCCUGAUUUUUGGUACUACUGCAUGGGGGCGCCCCGCCCAACUCUACCGCCAACAGAAGGGCCGAAAUACGAUUACUGCAUUUACAAAGGGGUCAUUUAUAAUCCUGGAACUUCUAUCAAACGCAAUUGCAAUACAUGCGUAUGUAGGCUUGGCUACGACGGUGACGCUGAAUUCGAGUGCGAGGAUAAUCCAUGUCUCGUCGACCCAAUCACAAUAGAUGACGUCAACGACGAUUAUUACCUCGGAUGGAGAGCAAGCAAUUAUUCAUUUCUUUGGGGGUUGACCCAACCAGAGGGAGUUCUGUACCGUCUUGGAACGUUCCCGCCCGGUCGAGCCGUCUCACAGAUGGUCGAGGUUAUCAUUCAGCCAGAGGGCGCACUCCCUGAACGAUUCGACUCGAGAGAAAUCUGGCCCGGACUCAUUGGCGAGGUCGUCGAUCAGGGUAACUGUGGGAGCUCCUGGGCGAUAUCGACCGCUAGUGUUGCCUCUGAUAGGCUUGCAAUCCAAUCGUCCGGGGAAUUGAAUCCUCGUCUAUCUGAGCAGCAUCUGUUGUCUUGUAACUUCCGAGGUCAGCGGGGAUGCAGUGGGGGCUACCUCGACAGAGCUUGGUAUUAUCUACGCAAGUCAGGGUUGCUGUCUCGUGCAUGCUAUCCAUACCACAGUGGUGUUGCUGAGGACACUGUUAUGAGGAAGCUCCAGUGUCGAGUCCCGUAUGGCUCUAACCGAUGCCCCGCCGCUGGUGUUACCUCCGACCUCUUCGUCAGCACGCCUCCCUAUCGUAUUGCUGCCAGGGAAGCAGAUAUCAUGACUGAGAUUUACCGGAAUGGUCCGGUGCAAGCUACAUUCAACGUUAAGAACGAUUUCUUUGUCUACAACCGAGGUGUGUACCGCCACGUCAAGCAGGACUUUACCGCCAGUCAAACGGACACAGCCCAGGCCGGAUGGCACUCUGUCAAGAUUGUUGGUUGGGGAGUUGACCGUUCAAUCCCGAACAAUCCCAUCAAAUACUGGCUUUGCACGAACUCCUGGGGUCGUAACUGGGGCGAGCAAGGAAUGUUCCGAAUCAUUCGAGGCGUCAAUGAAUGCGAGAUCGAAUCCUUUGUACUAGGCGUCUGGAUGCAGGUUGGUCACAACCACAUGUCUGGAUGAAACGGUGGACGACGACGACACCGAUGAACUAAGAAGUGACAGAUGACAGAGGCGGAAGGAACGAAUGUUAUAAAUAUAUAUUAUUGAGAUGGUUCUUAUUUGGUUAACAUAAUAUGGUAAUCGUGUAUCUGGCAUUAUAAACGAAAUAUGACGAAUUACUUUAAGCUCAUUGUCGAGUCCGAAACAUGUUGAUUGUGUAGGAAAAGGCGGCUCCAGGAUAACUUGAUUGGGGCACGGGAAGAUCCCCCUCCCUCAAAAAAGGAGGAAAAAAUCCAUAACCUUCUUUCCACAGUUAAUUACAGGGUCACGUUGAUUGAGAUACUCGACCAUGUCCUCUCUUUGUGGCACCCUUCACUCUAAGAAAAAUAGGUUCAACUUUGCACCUCUAAAGGUGCAGAACAGAUGUCACACUGGGCGCACCUUUUAAGGUGCAACUUUGUACCUUUUAGAAAGGUUGCUACUUUUUACCUCUCUGAAGGUGCACAUUAGGGAAAGAGUUCCAUAUGUACUCCCAUCAAGUUGGUGAGGAUGAAUUAAG